AUGAAGUCUGCGCGGGUCAAAGGAGGGAUUUUCUUUACUCUCCUAACGUGCGUCUUCGCCAUUGCAGGUUCCGAUCUAGCUUCAGACAGAGCGGGGCUGUUGAUACUCCGAAGCGCGGUGGGGGGACGCACGCUGCUAUGGAACACCACCCAAACGAGCCCUUGUUUGUGGACUGGCGUGGUCUGCACCAACGGGAGAGUGACCAUGCUGCGCCUACCCGCGAUGUGCCUUUCCGGUUCGCUCCCAUCCGGUUUGGGCAACCUCACCGAACUGCAGACGCUAUCCCUCCGGUUCAACGUGCUAACCGGACUAAUCCCCGUGGAUUUCGCCAACCUCAAAGCGCUGCGGAAUCUAUAUCUCCAGGGAAACUUCUUCUCCGGCGAAGUUCCCGAUGCGGUGUUCGCGUUGCAGAACCUUGUGAGGUUGAAUUUAGGUAACAACAACUUCAGCGGCGAGAUUUCUCCAAGGUUCAACGGUCUCACUCGUUUGGCCACUCUCUAUCUCGAACGAAACAAUUUCACCGGUUCAAUCCCUGACCUUAGUGUUCCGCCUUUGGAUCAGUUCAACGUUUCGUAUAAUUCCCUAACCGGUUCCAUUCCGAACCGGUUUUCGCGUCUGGACCAAACCGCUUUUACCGGAAACUCACUCUGCGGGAAGCCCUUACAACUUUGCCCCGGAACCGAGGAGAAAAAGAAUAAACUAUCUGGUGGUGCCAUUGCGGGUAUUGUGAUUGGUUCCGUGUUUGGUCUGUUGUUGAUUCUGCUGCUUUUGUUCUUUUUGUGUAGAAAAAGGAGUGGGAAAAACGAUGGAAGUGUGUCAACUGGGAAGCGUGAUGCGGUGAGUGAAGUGUCUCGUGAAAAGAGUGUUGAGAGUGGUGGGAAUUCAAGUUCGGCAGAGGCAGGUUCGGCGGAGAAGAGUGAGGUUCGAAGUAGUGGUAGUGGAGAUAAGAGUUUGGUAUUUUUUGGGAAUGUGAAUAGAGUGUUUAGUUUGGAUGAGUUGUUGAGGGCUUCUGCGGAAGUGUUGGGGAAAGGAACGUUUGGAACGACUUAUAAGGCGACUUUGGAGAUGGGGACGAGUGUGGCGGUGAAGAGGUUGAAGGAUGUUACUGCCACAGAGAGGGAAUUCAGAGAGAAGAUUGAGCAAGUGGGGAAGAUGGUUCAUCACAACUUGGUCCCACUAAGGGGUUAUUACUUUAGCAGGGAUGAGAAGCUUGUAGUCUAUGAUUACAUGCCUAUGGGAAGCUUAUCUGCUCUCCUACAUGGUAGUACCGCAUCUUUCACGCUUGGUUGUUAUUUUUGGACAAUAGUGUCUCUCGUUUUUCUCUGUCUUGGUGCUAUUUCUUUUGUUAAAUCAGCAAAUGGUGGGGUGGGGAGGACUCCACUGAAUUGGGAAACAAGGUCUGCUAUUGCCCUUGGUGCUGCUCGUGGGAUUGCAUGCAUUCAUUCGCAUGGCCCAACGUCCUCUCAUGGAAACAUCAAGUCAUCGAAUAUCCUUCUCACCAAAUCUUUUGAAGCUCGUGUCUCCGACUUUGGCCUUGCUUACCUUGCUCUUCCAACCUCUACUCCAAACCGUGUUUCUGGUUACCGAGCGCCAGAGAUCACUGAUGCGCGCAAAGUAUCCCAAAAAGCUGAUGUCUAUAGCUUUGGUAUCAUGCUUUUGGAGCUGCUUACUGGGAGGGCUCCUGCUCAUUCUUCACUGAAUGAAGAAGGGGUGGACCUCCCAAGAUGGGUCCAAUCCGUGGUUCAAGAUGAGUGGAAUACUGAUGUAUUUGACAUGGAGCUUCUAAGGUACCAGAGUGUUGAGGAGGAAAUGGUCAAGCUCUUGCAGCUUGCCCUUGACUGCACGGCCCAAUAUCCUGACAAGAGACCUUCAAUGGAUGUGGUGGCAAGCACGAUUGAGGAAAUUUGCCAUACUAGUUUAGAGAAAGAGGAAGGGAAGAAUCAUGAUUUUAAAGAUGCUGAUUAUGGAUUUUCCCAACAAUACUACUCUGUUGACUCGGGUGUGUCACAAGCUUGA